AUGUCGAUUGGAAAUCAAAUCUAUGAAUCCUAUUUGGAAGCAGUAUACCUUGGAGAACUGACCCGUUGUCUCCUGGGCCCCGUUGAUGUGACCUCCCAAAUGGACGAUGCGCGUACAGGGCCAUUUUGCACCAGGGUAAUCAUAUGGGACCCGGUAUCGGAACAUUAUUUUCAUUUUCAGGCAAACACACAAUCUGGAAAGAAAAUGACAACACGAACAUUACUGACACCGAUUAGCCGCCAUUUCCUUCAAAGUCUAUUGCCAAGCAUACACGGGGUCAGGGGGACCCCAUCCUUGAAGGCGUACAACAGCAACAAGACCCAAACUCUUCGUUAUCUCUUUCACGCCUUUCUGUCAAGUCAUGUGCUGUCCACCUCUCUGGCUCCGCGCCAUCCUGAAGAAGGCACGGAAAACAACUCUCAUCUCGGUAGACAGUGUUUCGGCAUGCAUAGCACAUGA